AUGUCGGCUCUCAAUCAGAAACCAGUGCUAAGCGUCAGUCAUGAUAAUCAGUCUGAUGAAUUCAGAUUUGUGUGUGAAAUCCCAGGGUCAGAGUCAGUAACUGCUGAUUUUAGCUGUAAUCUCUACACUGGAGAAAAAACUCCGCUUUUCCAAAACCAAAGAUCUCAAAAGAGAAGAUCUGGGAAGGCGGAUUGUAUUUUUACAGCACAGGGAAAUGAUGUGUUUAAUCGUCUGCAGUCAGUAAAGAGUCGUGAAGUGAGCUGUGAUUAUUCAGUGACCUCUGACCCGACUGCUCGCUCUCCGAUGAGUGAGAAAUACAACAUGAUGCGUUUCUUUCCUUCACCAACACAGUCGUCCAUCACUCCUGAGAAAUCUCCUGCACAUGUUCCUCAGCUGCUCGUGUCUCCUGAAGUUCUCACAGAGAGAGGAUCAGUGGAGCUUCACUGUUCUGUUCCAUACAAUGUUAAAGUGUCUCGGUGUUCUUUCUACCCAGAGGGAGACGACAAAAAUGUAAAAUCCUCUCCAUCAUGUCGGCUCUCAGUCACUGGUUCUGAUCUGAUCAGGUGGACAGGACGCAGGUCUCCUGGAACACUUCGGAUUAUUUGUUUCUAUGUGUUGGAUAACUCUGUUCGUUCUCCUUCUCCUCACUCUCGCCCAGCUCCAGUCACAGUGCUGAGGAAGAUCAACAUUACACCGAAUCAGAAACCAAAGCUAAGCGUCGUUUAUGAUGAUCAGUCUGAUGAAUUCAGAUUUUCAUGUGAAAUCCCAGGGUCAGAGUCAGUAACUGCUGAUUUUAGCUGUAAUCUCUACACUGGAGAAAAAACUCAGUUUUUCUCAAACACAUCCUUUCAGAAGAGAGACUCUGGGAAGGCGGUUUGUGUUUUUAUAGCAGAUAGAAAUGAUGUGUUUAAUCGUCUGCAGUCAGUAAAGAGUCGUGAAGUGAGCUGUGAUUAUUCAGUGACCUCUGACCCGACUGCUCGCUCUCCGAUGAGUAAGAAAUACAACAUGAUGCAUUUCUUUCCUGAAACACCACAGCGGCCCACAACUAAACCCUCCCCGACUGUUCUUUCAACUCGUCUGAUCACCACAAGACCCACAGCUAUGAGUUUUUCUUCUCCCUCAACAACGUCAUCCACAACUAAAGAGAAAACGAGAGCAGAGUCUCAUGGACCAUCAACUCCAACCACAGACAGAAAGAAACCGACUGCAGGAUCUUUGUCGGUGCUGCCGUCAGUCCUCGGUGUCUGUGUUUUACUGGCUGGAAUGAUGAGCGUCUGUCUCUGCAGCUUUAUCAGGAAGCAGACGGCUGAGAGACGCAAAAUGGACUUGACCCAAGGUGAUCAGGAAGGCGUGUUAUCCAUGCACAAGAUGAAGACAUCCGGUUCGGAAGAUCCUGGAACUUAUUCUGUGAUCAGCUCAGUCCCCUCACCGUCCCUGCUUUUCGAGAGCAGCUCAGACAGAAAAGAAGAUUCUGUGAAACCAGAGGAUGAUGGCGAGCACGUGCACUAUUCCAUCACUGACACUCAAGUGGGCCCCAAAGAUAAAGGCGCAGUGUACAGCCUGCUGCAGAUGCACUGAUGCACCUUACACAGUGUAAAUUAUUUCUCAUUUUUAUGUUUUUUGAUGCAACACAUGCCUUAAAUUUAAUACUCAGC